GCCCUCCGGAGCCGGACGCAGCGGGAGGCCCGGGAGCCGCAGACCAACGGACCGCCGGACCGCCGGACCGCCGGACGAGAGCCUGAGCCGCAGCCAUGUUCCUGGUUAACUCGUUCCUGAAGGGCGGCGGCGGCGGCGGGGGAGGCGGGGGCCUGGGCGGGGGCCUAGGGAAUGUUCUCGGAGGCCUCAUCAGCGGGGCUGGGGGCGGCGGCGGCGGCGGCGGCGGCGGGGGCGGCGGCGGCGGCGGCGGCGGAACAGCCAUGCGCAUCCUGGGCGGAGUCAUCAGCGCCAUCAGCGAGGCAGCUGCGCAGUACAACCCGGAGCCCCCGCCCCCACGAACUCACUAUUCCAACAUUGAGGCCAACGAGAGCGAAGAGGUCCGGCAGUUCCGGAGACUGUUUGCCCAGCUGGCCGGAGAUGACAUGGAGGUGAGUGCCACAGAACUCAUGAACAUUCUCAACAAGGUCGUGACCCGACACCCCGAUCUGAAGACUGAUGGCUUUGGCCUUGACACAUGUCGCAGCAUGGUGGCCGUGAUGGACAGCGAUACCACGGGCAAGCUGGGCUUCGAGGAGUUCAAGUACCUGUGGAACAACAUCAAAAAGUGGCAGGCCAUAUACAAACAGUUUGACGUUGACCGAUCAGGGACCAUCUGCAGCCGGGAACUGCCGGGGGCCUUUGAGGCCGCAGGGUUCCACCUGAAUGAGCAUCUCUACAACAUGAUCAUCCGACGCUAUUCAGAUGAGGCAGGGAACAUGGAUUUUGACAACUUCAUCAGCUGCCUGGUCAGGCUGGACGCCAUGUUCCGUGCCUUCAAGUCUCUUGACAAAGACGGCACUGGGCAAAUCCAGGUGAACAUCCAGGAGUGGCUGCAGCUGACGAUGUACUCCUGAGUAGAAACCCUGGAGCCGCCCCCUUCCGCCUCGCUGGAGGAGUCACCUCGGACCCUGGUCUCUCCCAGGGCAGAUCCUGUCUGUCCUCGCGUCUUCUUGGGUCCUGCUGACCCACAGGCCUUUGGUUCCCCCAGCCCUUGGCAUCCAGCUUCUCAGGCAAUACCCACGGCCCAACACGCCCCAGCGUGCCACGCCCUAAAUUACCCCUGGCUCCAAGACAUUCUAGCAUGUUCUGUCACCCCACUCCUGCCACACCCAUCUGAUACCUUCUGCAUAACCUCUGUCCUGUAUCUGUGCCAAGCCCAGCACUUGGGUGGCUUCCAUGCCCAAGGGCCCUCUCUCAGCUCUGGAAAGAUCACUCCGGUCCCUACACACCCUGAUUCGGUUACCACCCGGGCAGCCAAACACACUGCAGGCCAUCCCAGGCCCACACACCCAGUGCCUUUGUAUUCUGCCCCGAGCCUGCCAAGCCAAGCAGGAAAUAAAUGCACCCUAGUGGCUGCUGUCUGUGA